UUUCAAGUAUAUAUAAACGUAUAGGUUAAGAAUCAUGUUUACAUCUAAAUUAAUAAAGACUCCAUGGUGCACGAUUCAAAAAAGAUACGCGUCAAAAGGAACCACAAUUAUAAAAAAAGAAUAUGGAGAACACGAAAUUUCGAAAAUUCGAAACAUUGGAAUUUUGGCACAUAUUGAUGCUGGAAAAACUACUACCACAGAAAGAAUGCUAUAUUAUUCGGGUCUUAUUAAACAUAUGGGAGAGGUUCAUUAUGGAAACACAGUAACAGAUUAUAUGGAUCAGGAACGUCAACGUGGAAUAACAAUAACCUCCGCAGCGGUGACAUUUGAAUGGAAAAAUUAUUGUAUUAAUUUAAUUGAUACUCCAGGACAUAUUGACUUCACAAUGGAAGUAGAGCAAACUUUAAGGGUAUUAGAUGGAGCAGUAGUUAUAUUAGAUGGAAGUGCAGGUGUCGAGGCUCAAACAUUGACAGUAUGUAGACAAGCUGAUAAAUAUGAUAUACCUAGAAUUAUUUAUAUAAAUAAAAUGGACAGAACAGAUGCUAAUUUUGAUGCUAGUUUAAAAUCUAUUGAAUCUAAAUUGCACACAGAAGUUUUGCCUGUACAAUUUCCAAUUAAAGAAAAAGGAAUUUUAGAAGGAAUCGUAGAUACUAUUUCUUUAGAAAAAAUUAUAUUUGAUAAAAAAGAUAUGGGCAAGAAACUUUCUAGAUUCAAAUUAACUGAAGAUAAGGAUAAAGGUUUAUGGGAAAUGGCAAAUGAAAAGCGUAGAGAAUUAACUGAUAAAUUAUCCAAUAUGGAUGACAAAUUGGCCGAUACAAUUAUAGAACAGGAAUCUUUAGAUGCAAUAACAUCACAAAUGCUGACCGAUUCUUUACACAGAGCAACCAUAAAUAAAAAAGGUAUUCCUGUGCUUUUAGGCAGUUCUUAUAAAAAUAUAGGAGUACAACCUUUAAUGGACAGUAUAUUACUAUAUUUACCAUCACCCAAUGCAAGUAAACAUUCUAAGUAUUAUCAAUGUUUUGAUAAUAAAUUAUGUGCCAGAGCAUUUAAAGUCGUUCAUGAUAAACAAAAAGGACCAAUCACAUUUUUUAGAAUUUAUAGUGGUAGCAUAGAGAAAGGUACGAAAUUAUAUAAUCUUCGUACAGAAAAAAAAGAACAAGUAGGAAAAUUAUAUAUCGCAUAUGCUGACGAAUAUGAAGAAAUAAAACAAAUUUCACAGGGCAAUAUUGCAGCGAUAACAGGAUUAACAAGUACCUCAGCCGGUGAUUUAAUAACAAUAGGACCAACGGCGAUAGAAGAAGCAGAAAAAAAACUGAAAGCGCAAAAAGAUGUUAAACCAGAAGAUGUGGAGAAAAUAUUCGAUUACAAUUCAAAAAUAUUAGAGCCAGUCUUUUUCUGUUCGAUAGAAGCACCAUCGUUAUCUAUGCAAGUAGCUUUAGAGAAGGCUCUCGAAGAACUUGAAAGAGAAGAUCCAAGUUUGAGAGUUACUCAAAAUGAAGAGACUGGUCAGAUUGUGCUUGGAGGCAUGGGUGAAUUACAUCUCGAAAUUAUUAAAGAAAGAAUUAAAACGGAAUAUAAAAUCGAUGCUGAUUUAGGUCCCUUGCAAAUUUCCUAUAGAGAGACUAUCAAGGAACCUAUUCAAGAUACUUUUUCGAGUGAAUAUAAAAUAGGAAAUAUUAAUACAAAUGUUAAAAUAACCAUGUCAUUAAUACCAAAUUAUGAAAGUAAAGAAACUUUCUUAUUGGACAAAUCGAUGGAUUUUAUUAAUGUUAUACCAAAAAAUAUAAUGAAAGUUGUGAAAAAUAGUGUUCGAUCAGUUCUUUUAAACGGACCAAAAUUAUGUUAUCCCGUUUUAAAUAUGGGUAUUAAAUUGCACAGUUUAGAAUAUGGACCAAAUACUACCCCGUCGAUAAUUAAUGCUGCUGUUUCGCAAUGUAUUAGACAGUUGAUGAAGAGUGCUGGCAUUGCCCUUUUAGAACCGAUAAUGCGAUUGGAGAUCGUGGUCCCUGAAGAUUAUUUAAGCGUUAUUCUCAAAGACUUGGCGAAAAGGCGCGCUGAAGUGAAGUACAUCGAUGUCUUCAAACAGAACAAGGUAGUCUACUGUUUUGCCCCAUUAGCCGAACUAUUAGGAUAUUCAACGACGGUGAGGAUAAUCUCGUCAGGACAUGCAACGUUCACGUUGGAAUUCGAUCGCUACGAAUUAAUGGAUUCAGCGAAUGAAGCAGAAGCGAUUAAAAGAGUAACUGGUUUUUAUUAAAUCCUUUCAAAAUCAUAUGAUGAUUAUUCAAAUCAAAUUAUUCGUUGUGAUAUUUUAAGAAUUUAAUUGUACAAAGAUAGAUUUAUGAAAAUUAUUUACAAAAUUAUUAAUAAUGAUGCAUUUAAUGAUUAAAAUUGAUCGAAUCAAUUUUUCUUUUUCUUCUCAAUCUCUACGUAGAGAGAUCGUCUCAUCAUGCGAAAUAAUGUGUAAUGUAACGUGAAUACGCAAAAUUAAAAAAAAAAAACACAUUAUUAUUCUUGGACAAAAUUACAUACUCGAUUCUUCUUCUUUAUUCAUUCGAUCUAAUCAAAAUAUAUUUGCAGCAUUUAUUUCAAUGGUGCUUUACAAUUCUUCUUUUCUUAUUUACGAAUCAUCGAUCGCGGCCGCCGAUUACGUGGCUGAAAUCGAGCAGCUCGAGUAAAAAUUGGUAUAUUCAUCUAAGAAUUUAUACAUAGUAUAUUUAUAUAUUUAUAUAUAUUUAUAUAUAUAUAUAUAAUAGUAAAAAAAGAAGGAAGGAAAGAAAAAAGAGAGAGAGAGAAAAAAAAAGAAAGAAAAAAAGGAAAGAGAAAAUGUAAGAAAAAGAAGGAAGUCUUAUCGAAGAAAUACCGGCCAGCCUCGCAAGCAGCAGCCGCGCAUAAAUAUAUUAAUAUUGCUUAAAGAUCAUGCAAAAAUGUCAUACAUAGUAAAAUAUAUGUAUGUAUAUAUAUUAUAUGUAUGGAGGGAUUACAUGUAAUAGGGUGAGAGACUUGUAAACACGUCAUUUGCACGUAAAAAUCUUCCGCUUCCGCUUUCCGUAAUCGCGUUAAGUCGGAAGCGAUUUUCGACGCGAUCCUCAGUUCUCUUAUGGGAAUGCGACGAAAACAGGAGACUCGCUGAAUUGUCGAUAGAAAAAAAAAAAAAAAAAAAAAAAAAAAAAAUAUACGUGUGUGUGUGUGUGUAAAUAUAUACAUAUAUAUUUUCCCGUCGAGCCGUUGGUUCAUUACCUUUGAAUUGUGCUCUUUAUGUGACGCAUGUAUUAUUGAUUGAAAAUCGGGCACGAUUCAAAGGUGGCCCCAUUCUUAUUAAACGCGUUUCUUAAUCUACGAAAUGGUUCUUGAGCGCUAAAACCGAACGUCUUAAACUUCUAAGCUCGGCUUAUUUUUUUUUUUUUUUUCAACUGACGAUACGGUAAUUAUUAUAAAAAAUUAAUCUUUCGCCAAUCACGGCGAUAUUUCUUACGUGAGAGAAAAAAAAAAAAAAAAAAAAAGAGAGAAAACCGUGGAAAUUUUAAUAACCCUCGGUUUUUUUUUUUUUUUUUUUUUACAUAAUUCUAAUUCGUUUGCGUAAAAACGUUCGCACGAAAUAAUAAAUAAAUACAAUUACGUACAAUAUAUUAUAUAUCACUUGCCUGUAAACGCACACUCUGUGCGCUUACAAGUAUUCAUUAUUAAAUGAUGCAAAAAAAAAAAAUACUUCGCUUCUUUUUUCGAAUGUCUAUGCGAUUCACGUUUCCUAAAGCGCAUAUUAUCAACAAGGAAUAUCCCAUUUUUCUUCCUUUCCCCCCCUUUUUUUUUAUCUCUGCUUUUGUCACCAGCAAAAUCGAAUUUCAUCAAAAAAGUAUAUUCUUCGUGAUGAUGCAAAUUGUUAUUCGACAAAGUUUUGUUUUUUACGACGCGUGAAUCCAUGAUAGAAUAAUACACAAAUACUGAAAUUUUUCGAUAUAUAUGUAGCACGAUUCUAGUAAAAAUAUUCUCGUCGUACAAAAAAAGAAAAUUACCAGAAUCUCACACCAAAGGUUCAACUCGGUUCAUCUUUAUACAAUCGGAUAAUACAUAUAAUAUAAUAAACAUUGUCAUUGUGUCGAUUUUUAUUAUCUUAUCGUUUUCUCACAAUAAAAACGAGUCUUUUGCCUCGUAUGUACAAACAGGAAAUUCAUCUUUCAAUACCGUUUGGAAAAAUGCAAUCGAACGCGUGCCUUCUCAUCUAUCGAUGAGAAAAAAAAUGAAUACGCACGGUCUCUUUAUCUUCUCAAAAUACAAUGAACAAACAGUUGAUGAGAAAAAAAAAAAAAAAUGACAAAUUUGUAGUAGAGUAAUAAUAAUUACAAAAUGUGAAAGUAGUAAAGUGGAUGUCGAGUGAUUGAGGACCGAGCGAGAGAGAUCGAAUAUAUCGGACUAGAGUAUUGGUUGUGAGUGAAGAAGAGCGAUUCCAAGAAGGAUGAUAACAUUGUCACGCGUGGAUCGGGAUCGAACGAAGGCAGGAUCGACGAGAAUCGAACGAAGAUGAUGAUCCCGAAUAAAAUAAAAUUUUCGAUCGAACGCAAGAACAAUUUGAACAAUUGGAAAGUUGCGUGUGUGAUACAAAGAGGAGGCGACGAGAACGUGCCGCCAUGAUGAACGAAGGAACGAAGAUGGGCUCGUUGAAUUCGUUUUCUCGAGAAUGUAUUAUGCGGAGAGAAAGAGAAAGAGAUAAAGAGUUUCGUUAUACGAUUAUUAAAACGGUUAUUCGUCUUUGGAGAAACGAGUUAUUAAUUUAAAACGAGGAAUAUGUACAUCUGAUUGGGAUGUGUGAAGAAAAACGAGGCUAUUAUCGCCAAGAAAACGCCCUCUUAAUUCCUCCUUAUUAUUAUUCUUCCUAUUUUUUUUUUUUUUUUUUUUUUAGGUAUGGGAAGGCCCUAAUCCUACAAUACUCGGCUAUCCUGUACUGAUUCCCUGAAUAUUUAAAGCGUACUCUACUUCUUUGUCUUGGAACACACUCUCCCGGUUCUGAGAAAAAUCCUUAAUUCUUUCUCCCCCGGGAGACGUGCAUCCUUUCGCUUGGUUUUUUCUUUAAAAAUACAAUUUUUUAAUUAAUCCUUCUUUAAUUUCGUCAUCAUCGUCGCUGCCUCGUGUAGUCGUAGAUGCUUCCAUACCUCCGGAUUUGGCCGUCAAAACGUAAGAAUCGAGGGGAGAUAAGGCAAAAAAGCCUUUUAAUCUUUUUUCCUCCUCGUUGUUAUUGCUCCUUGUUUUUUGCUAGGUAUGGAGAUCCCGAUCCUACAUCACGGGUAGUGAUGCGCUUUGAAACGCUUUCGAAUCGCUUCGAAUUAUAUACACGUGGUGAAAACAUUGAAUUGCUUCGAACAUGAUCCGAUAGUUAAAGACUCUUGAAAGUCCUGAUAAAUCUUAAAAAAAAAAAAAAAAAA